UUUACAAGCUAGACAAAGUGAAUUAAAGAAAAAUGCCUUACACUCCGGCGAGUUCCUACGAUGGAGAUCAAAAGAUCUGGACUGGUGAGGAGACUACGAAAUAUUUUGACCCGCAUUUGUCUAUUGGAGAGAUCAUUUUUCAUGAGAUGCAGCGGCAUCCACAGCUUGUAGCUCAGAUCUCGGCAACGGAGAACACAGUGCUGACGAGAGCGGAACUCCUUGCCAACUCAAUGCGAGUGGCCAGUUUUAUGCGAUCCGAAGGACUUCUUCAAUCCGAUGUUGUGGGGAUUAUUGGUAGGAAUACCACCCACAUGUUGGCUGUGGCAUACGCCUGCUUCUUCAAUGGCAUCGCCUUCCAUUCGCUCAAUACUUCAUAUGAUCGCGAUACAAUCGAAAAAGUAUACAACAUUACAAAGCCACGACUUAUUUUCUGCGAUGGCGAUGAGUUCGAGAAGGUACGAGAUGCCACCUCUAAACUGGAUGUGAAGAUUGUAACCAUGCGCAAUCAUCCUUCGGAUUCCAUUCGUAUCGAUGAAGUUCUGGCCACUUCCGUUGAAGUAGACUUCCAGCCAGCUCAACUGGAACAGGGCAACGAUCAGACUCUAGCAAUUCUCUGCUCCUCGGGAACAACGGGAACUCCAAAGGCUGUGACCAUUACCAAUAGUCGUCAUAUUCUAACGGGCAACUACCAUCUAACCACCGCUGAUGUCCAGUACUCCCACAACACCCUCGACUGGAUCACCGGCCUGCUGACCACCAUAACCUCUGGAGUAUUUAGCACAACUCGUAUUAUUGCGGAUAAUGCCUUUGAUCCUGCCUUCGCCAUGAGAAUCAUUAAGGAGUACAAGGUUACGUGGACCAUUCAGCCUCCCUCCAGUAUGGCUUUAAUGACUAAUUGUCCAGAUUUCGAAUCUUGCGACCUAUCAAGCCUUCGAUGCUACAUGUUCGGAGGAUCUCGGGCUGCGAUUGAGAUCCAGAAAAGCAUCCGAAGUCGCCUGAGCGUGGACUGCCUUCAGUUCGUAUAUGGAUUUACUGAACUGGGCGCAAUGGCCACCAUCAACCCUAACUUUGAUGGGAAACCCGGAUCGGUGGGGCGACUAGUCAACGGUCUGAGGUUGAAGAUAGUGAACGAAGAGGGUGUGUCGCUGGGACCCGACGAAGUUGGAGAGGUGUGCAUCAUGAAUAAUCAGCACUGGUCGGGAUACUACGGAAACGAAGUCGAGUCACGAGCUAUUCGCGAUCACCAGCAAUGGUUUCACUCUGGCGACCUGGGCUACAUGGAUCGAGAUGGCUUCCUGUACAUUGUGGACCGCAAGAAGGAGAUGCUCAAGUACCAGAACAUCAUGUACUAUCCCAACGACAUUGAAAGUGUCAUAUCCGAAAUGCCCGACGUUGCCGAGGUCUGUGUCUUCGGGGUGUGGAGUGAUAUAUACGGAGAUGAGGCUGCAGCGGCUGUUGUGAAGAAACUGGGCAGCGAUCUUACUUCUCAGGAUGUUGUCGAUUACGUUAGCACUAGGACGGAUUCAAAAUACAAGCAGUUAAACGGAGGAGCGAUCAUCGUGGAGGAUCUAAAGCGAAGUGCCAAUGGGAAGACCAAUCGAUUGGCCAACCAAGCUCACUUCUUGCAUGUGAGGGACAGGAGAUGAAUGCCAAGGCCCAUGAGCCUCUCCCUUUUUUACUCAAACUCGUUUGUCCCGCAAACUGUGUAAAGAUUAGUUUCGUUUUGAUUUGUGUGUAUAUAAUAUAUAUUAAACUUGAUUGAAUUUAUACAAAAAUUCAUGGGACCUAUAUUUAUUUUGCGGAAAAAUCAAAAGUCGUUCGACAUUAUGCUAUGU